UAGCCUAAGUGGGUAGGUAGGCUAAUCUUUUAUGAUUGGUGACAGGUUUCACUUUAGGCCUACUAUUGAUUUGGUGUUCGGGUUCGUACGCUAUCCACUAACACCGCUCAGAAAUAGCAGUAGUAGAUUUCGUGAAGUCUACUGAUAUCACAUUGUUUUUAUGGCUUCAGUAAUGUCUGCAUUGGGUUUGAAGCAAGAGACGCAUUUGUUGAAGCUCCUUCCUGAACCUGCCCAACUUCACCUGCUCUACAAGGGAAGCCACCAUGGGUUUUACAUGCAUACGUUGAGAUCUAAAUUUGACAAAGAAGGAAGAUUCGUUGUAAUAGUGUAUUUCAAAUCUGGGGAUGUAAAGGGGGGUUACCUGAGUAAAUCGUCUGAGAGUGAGGACCAAGACGCGUUUGCCUUCGAAAUAAACCAUCAAGAAGGAACACCCUUUCCUGUUCUGGAUGACUCUAAGGCGACACAUUUUUCAACCUCUUGGUCUAAUGGUUACUUGAAGUUUGGGAAAUGUCUGAAGUUGUACACCGAGAAUAGAGAAAUUUGCGUGAAAUCGUUUGAUAUGAUUUAUCACCAGAGUGGGACGGAGCCGAGGUACCUGGAUGUUGAGCUGUAUCGAGUUGGAAGUGCUUGGAGGGAGCUGUCAUGGACUGAGGAAGGGAGGGGGUCACUGAGGAAGAAUCUGGUCUCCUUCAAACCGGCCUGCCAGUCUCUGAACCGGGUCAGGGUUCUGCUGAUGGGUCCUCCUGGGUCAGGAAAAUCCAGCUUCAUCAACUCUGUCAGAUCUGUGAUGUUCGGAAGAGUCCUUCUCCUGCCUUUUAUUGGCACUGCAACAAAGGGCUUCAUCAAGAAGCUGAAGUCGUAUGACAUCCGGUCAGAGAGAGGGGGGAAGCCCACAUCUCUGACCCUGUGUGAUGUGUUGGCUCUGGGGGACGGUGAGACGACUGGCCUGACUCUCACAGACGCACUGGCUGUUAUCAAGGGACACGCUCCCGAGGGACAUGAUUUUCAAAGUGAUGCGCCCAUCAAAGCUGAUCCAUCGAUAAAUUACCAAAUCCAUUGUGCGGUGUUCGUUCUGAAUGCCUGCCAAGUCAUGUCCACCAGUGAGGACCUUACAGAGACACUGAGGACACUUCAAGCUGAGAUUGCAGAUCUGGACAUCCCCCAGGUGGUUCUGUUGACCCAUGUGGACAAGGUGUGUCAUACCGUACAAGAGGAUGUGAAGUUUGUCUACUCCAGCCGGAUCCUACAGGAAAAGAUGCAGAAGGCAGCAGAGGUGGUGGGUUUGCCAGUUUCCUAUGUGCUUCCAGUGAAGAACUAUUCCAGUGAGCUGUCUGUGAGCUGCAACACUGACAUCCUGCUGCUGAGUGCAGUUCAUCACAUUCUCCAAGCCGUGGACGACACGUAUGAGGAAAACCACCAUCCAACCCCUGCAGACGCAUCUGCAGAACCUCCACAUCUGCAGAAUUCCACCACAAGCCCAGUAACCUUUUAAUAUUUGACGAGUAACUAUUGGUGAGAAAUCAUGUGCAGUUUUUUUAUUGUGAUUGGAUAAUGAAACUGUUUUUACAGUUUUCAAGUUUGUUUUCUUUUGUUUCUUUUGGGUGUUGAUUUUCUUUCCCAAUGUUGGAACCUACUUGUUGUAUGUUAUUAGACUUAAAAAUAUAUAUACACUGCUCAAAAUAAUAAAGGGAACACUAAAAUAACA